AACUUGACAAACCGAUACUUCUCCACUGACUGUGUUCGGAAGUACUAUAAUUUCUCCAUUUCUCAAAGCACCGCUCCCUCUUUUGCUUACUUGAAAGUAGGAGAUUUUUACUACUAUGGUGCUCAGAACCAGACCAGGGACUUGAAUAUGUCAGCCCGGAUGUAUGCACAAGCAGCACUGAUGGGAGAUGCCCAGGGAUUCUUUAAUUUGGCUCUUCUUCUGGAAGAAGGUUAUCCUAUCCCAAGUUCCCUUUUAGAUCGUUUAGAAAUCGACAGCACUGCCCACUCCAGAAAUAUGUCCCUCCAUCAAGAGCUUUAUGAAAGCGGUCGCUCGUCUGGAUAAUUCAGCGGUCGCUGAAGGAGGGCCUCUUCCUAGAGAUGGGGAGCCAAAUCAGAGGAGGUCAGCAGAGCGCGAAGCAUCUCCUGACCCAAAUGGCUUUGAGGAGGAUUCCAUCAACCCCCAACAUUCCUCUUCCAGAAGCUGAAAGGCGAGGAGGAAGAUUUCUCUUCCAGCAAUCUUCCUUUUUCAAAAAGCUGUAGCAAACAUCUCCCUUUGGCUCUCUGGAUCUAUUUUGGGAGCCUGGUGUGACCCUACAAGAAGCCGACAGCCUUCAAAAUCGAGAGGGAGUAAAGUGGCGGGGAGGAGUAAGGAGAUCACGGUUGCGAAGCAUGUUGAACCUUUUCUAACUUUUACUCUAUCGCGCCUCCGUAUGAUGAUUAAAAAGGACCUGCUACUGCCAUGACUUCCAACCAAUUUUUGAAUGAGGAUGGGGACAUUCUUCUAAGCCCCCUCCCCACUUGACAUUCUUCUAAGCUCCCCCCCCCACUUGCUUACUCCUCAACUUGGGUGCCCAAAGGACUUCAUUGUUUACAUCUGUCUUCAGUUGGUGAUCAAAUAAAGACUCUUAAUUUGUUUUAUAUAGUUUUUAAAAAGGAAAAGGCCCACGUGUCUAUGGAGGAGAUCCUCAAAUCAUCCAAGUCAAGGUUGUCCCAAAGGCGGUUUUUUAGAUGUUAAUGUGUUUUUAUUUUCCAUUUU